AUGAAUUGGGACAAAUCUGGCGCCGCCGAGGUAACAUUCACGUCUCGAAUGAUAUAUUGCCCUCCAACAACGUGUAAUACACUCUUUUCUCUUCGACAUGCUAGUCAAUCAAUGGUUAAUUCUUUUUCGUCUUGUUACAUCAAAUUGUUUUUUUUUUUUUUUUUUUCUCCUCCUUCAAGAUAAUUUGGAGUACUUCGAUUCUUGAUGACGUUAAUAACGAUGUAAUUUUAUUUUAUGUUAAUACAGAUUUUAUGUAUGUUUUGCAUAGCAUAAGAUGCACAUGUGUGUCUGAAAUUGCGCGGUUGAAUUGAAGGAACGAACGAAGAAAUUUACAUGAUCUUUCGCUUUCUGUAAGCGUAUUUCGACUAAAAUGAAAAAUUUCAACCCGCACUUGCAAUAAACUUGUAAUACUUUAAUUGUUAUGAAAAUAAAUUAUUUUAUCCUUUAAAUAGUUCGGAACCAUUCUACGUAGUUCUGUAUAUUCAAAAAUUCACUUCACGUAUCAUUUCUUUGAAUAAAACUUGAUAGAAGUUCCCUAAUAAAAUUAAACUUAAAUUUAAAUAAAAUAAUGAAACAAUUUAAUUAAAUAAUCAAUAAUUUAAAUAAACUAAAUUUAAUAAAAAAACGUUUAGUUUUAUUUCUUUGAAUAGAACUUUUCUAAUAACAUUAAACUCAAUAAUAAUCCAACGAAAAUCCUAAUUGGAAACUGGAAAGACUCAUCGUGCAGUCGUCUAGAUCCUUGACUACAAUUCCCAAUUGUUUCGAGUUACACAUUACGAAGGCGUUCACGACAGCACCGGCAGUUAAUUUUAAUUUUCCCAUUGUUAACCUCUCGCCAUGGUGUGCAUUUGUUAAAUUCGUGUUACCUUAUUGCAGUUCAUGGAGCGCCGAGUUACGAUGUCACUGGCCACGUUCAGCCACGAUUGGAGAGGAACGAGGUGAUUCAUAAAGUUAAUAACAACCAUCACCAACACCCGGCCGAUUCGACAAACGAUGAUCGCGACGACGAGCAAACGGUCUACGUGAUCGAAUUCGAGUCCGAGUCGAACGAGAAGGAAGAAACGAUGCAGAACAAAGGGAAAGACUCGACUUCUCAGAACGGAAAUGACCAGAACCCCCUAGACCCGUGGUCGAUCGUCUGGUACAUUGGCUCGUUCGGAGGUUUGGUCGCUUUCUUCCUGAUCGUCAGUUGUUCAGAGUGGUGUUGCCGUCGUGGUGGACGACCACUGACCGUUCCGUACGCGCAACGAGCGGAAGCGAUGAACGGGCCAGUGACAGAAACACCACCCCCGCCUUAUCACUUAUUCGCACCGCCGUCGUACGAUUCCGUGAAUUACGGUGAAAUUGUGGACAAAACGUCCGGCGAGAAAUUAGACAUUUACGUGAUAUCCGUGCCGAUUCACAGACCUGUGGUCCAGAUCCCAGCCUAA